AUGGAGAGCCAAGGAGAAUGGCAGCAUGUUCGUCGGAAAAAAUAUGGUAGAGAUUUCGAUAUCAAUGGGAAGGCCGUCACGUUCUUCUUUCAAAAAUUUCCGUCAAAUUGGACUGAAGCAGCACUAUGGAAGACCUUUAGGAGAUAUGGAGCCAUUGUUGACGUCUACGUUGCCAAGAAGUUGAACCGGCAUAAGAUGAGGUUUGGUUUUGUUAGGUUCAUCCGAAUCACAGAUGUGCACUCUUUUGAAAAUAGGCUAAAUGGGAUCUACAUUGGAGCACAAAAGGUCGAUGUAAACGUCGCUAAAUUUGGCAGGAAGGAGUUUAUCAAUAGAAGCAAAGAGCAAGGCCGGCAAAAUGGGUCUGGACCUUCCCAAACGUCGUGCCUGAGGGGAAACAAAACUUUUGCUGAUGUGGUUAAAGGGAUAAACCACCCUGUGGAAGUUGCCAAGGAAUCGGAGAACGCAAAUGCAGAUGAGGCGAGAAGUAAGAUAAAUGAUGAGGUUCCAGGUAUGAAAACAGUUAAGUUAAUAUCCUCUGCGGAGGUAAAAGAGUACAUGCAGAAUACUCUUCUGGUCGGAGAAGUGGAAAACUUUCAAGCUCUCAUGAAUGUGAAAGCUUUUCAAGAUGUCGAGGGAUGCCAAUCGAUUUUCAUGCGAUAUCUGGGGGGACUAAAAAUGAGUCUUGAGUUCGCUAAUGUAAAUGAUAAAGACAAUUUCCUAAGGAAUGGUGAAGAAAUUUGGAAUCCAUGGUUCAAAACUCUCAAACAGUGGAGGGUAGAGGACAACCAUAAUGAAAGGGUGGCAUCCUUAAUUAUCCAGGGCGUACCCCAACAUGCGUGGUGCGAAGAAGCUUUUAGUAUCAUCGCUGGUAACUGGGGAACUGUGGUUAUUCCUGAAGAAUGUGCCACAAACUCGCCUAAUCUGGCUUUUGGUAGGGUUGGUAUCUUUACGACGCAUCCUGGUCUCAUAAGCACCUCAAUUAAAAUCCUUGUGGACGGAAUAAAUUACGACAUCAAUAUUAUGGAAGAUUUGUUUGAGUCUCUUAAGCUCAGCCCAGUUCUUGCGUCCAACGAUUACUCCCCAAAUUUGGCUUGGUGGAAUGACGGUAACGGUGACUCCCUUAUGCAAUCCGAUGAUGGUGAAUAUUCAAUGUCGGAGUUAUCUCCAGCGGAAUUUGUCAGAAGUUUCCGAUCAGAAGUUAGAGAGACGCAUGUCAGUAUCUCAUCGCCAAUUCCUAUGAAGUCACCUCGUCUUCCCAAAGCGGCUAAUUUUUGGGCUGAUAAGGAAUCGCCAUCUCAAAAGCAAAAAAGUCAUAACUCUAGCCAGGCCCAUUCCCCUAUGGAGCAUGAAAGAAGUUGGGCUAAAUCCUCCCCAAGAAAUAGGCGGUCCAAUACGGGGCCCAAUAAAUCCAUCGAUCUAAACUGCGAUCCAUCUCACUCUGUUUCCCCAAGAAAAUCAAUGAAUUCAGGUGAGGAAAAUACGUCACCGCCAGAGCCCCCACAUUCAGGUCACCAAAGUGUAUCUCUCGCCUCCUUUUCCGCCCCUCUCGCUCCCCCCUCGCCACGGAUAGAUGGGUCUCAUGUUAGGUCACCGGAGCUUCAUGAAUCCUCCCCCAAGGCAGCCUCGCAGUCUACAUCUAUGGAAGUUGCUAAGACAAUUGAUAUUGGGGAAAAAGUGGGAUUUCAGAUAAGAGGCAGGGAAGAACAAUUGAGGCAAAUGAUCAAGAACCGUGGAGUGAUUAUUGUGGACCAAUGA